AGUCUUCUGAAAAAAGAGAGAAAGAAAGAAAACCAAGCAAAGGGAAAAAAGGAAUCCUACCCUGGUUAACACAACUGGUUUAGGUAACCCUGGUCUGAGAAUGUUCAGGCUGAAGAAAAAGGUGCUGAGUCUUAUCUUUGGAAUGAUUCCAUUUUUGUGAAAACCAGGGGAGAAACCUUCUAAAUGUACUGAAUGAUUAUGGAGAAGGGUAACAUUUGUGGUCUUAGCAUUAUUUCUCCGUUUACAGGACUGACCAGGAUUGGGCUCAGAGUUGGGGGUCUAUAAUUGACAGUGUGGGAAGCCUGGGACUGACUGGGGCCGCUGGGAGACCCGCCUUUCCCGCCUUUUCUCUCUCUCCUGCCUGCCUGAGCAGCAAGGGGCAGGGCUGGCUUUCCUACGCAGCAUUUCCCCCCACCCUUCCAGAAAGCCCCGCCCUGGGGAAAGCCUCAAGCCUCACCCCCUUCGGGGAUCCACCUAAACACCGGCUCCAGACGCUCUGCGGCGCAGUCCCAACCACCUGCUUUAGGUAGUGGAGCCUGCAGACUCCUGCUGCCACUGGCCCCAAUCGCGAGCACUGGGCGGGAAAGGAAAGAAAGGGCCAGCCCCUGCGGGCGCGUUUGCAGCCGAUUCCCCCUGGGGGAAGGCACGGCUCCCAUGUGAUGCGGAAGAGAUCGGUCCAAGCCUGAGGUGCUACCCCGAGAGCUCAGGGCCGCCUGAGUCAUCGUCUCUUGGCCUUGUGUGCAGGAGCUUCAGGAUGGUUCGUGCUAAGAGCUGGACCCUGAAGAAGCAUUUUGUAGGCUACCCUACUCCUAGCAACUUUGAACUGAAGACAGUUGAACUCCCGCCCUUAAAAAAUGGAGAGGUCCUCUUGGAAGCUUUGUUCCUCACCGUGGAUCCUUACAUGAGGAUAGCAGCAAGAAAAUUGAAGGAGGGCGAUAUGAUGAUGGGAGAGCAAGUGGCCAGAGUUAUAGAAAGUAAAAACGCAGCCUUCCCCACGGGAACUAUUGUAGUGGCUCUUUUGGGCUGGACCACGCACUCCAUUUCUGAUGGGAAAAACUUGGAAAGGCUGCUGGCAGAGUGGCCGGACACACUACCGCUCUCUUUGGCCCUGGGAACGGUGGGCAUGCCCGGCCUAACAGCCUACUUUGGCCUGUUGGACAUCUGUGGUCUGAAGGGUGGAGAAACAGUGAUGGUUAAUGCGGCAGCAGGGGCCGUGGGCUCUGUCGUGGGGCAGAUCGCGAAGCUCAAGGGCUGCAAAGUUGUUGGAGCAGCAGGGUCUGACGAAAAGGUUGCCUGCCUUAAAAAGUAUGGAUUUGAUGUUGCCUUUAACUAUAAAACAAUCGAGUCUUUGGAAGAAACUUUGAAAAAAGCCUCUCCUGAGGGCUAUGAUUGUUAUUUUGAUAACGUGGGUGGAGAGUUUUCCAACGCUGUUACCUCCCAGAUGAAGAAAUUUGGAAGAAUUGCCAUAUGUGGGGCUAUCUCUACCUAUAACAGAACGGGCCCACCUCCCCCAGGGCCGCCCCCGGAGGUCGUCAUCUAUAACGAACUCUGCUUCCAAGGCUUCAUCGUCACCCGCUGGCAAGGAGAAGUGCGCCAGAAGGCUCUGAGGGACUUGCUGAAGUGGGUCUCAGAGGGUAAAAUCCAGUACCAUGAACACAUCACGGAAGGAUUUGAAAACAUGCCCGCUGCAUUUAUGGGAAUGCUGAAAGGCGAGAACCUGGGGAAAGCAAUCGUGAAAGCAUGAACCAAGACGACACGAGAGUCCAGAGAUCACUUCAUUCCUUGGAGAAAUUUUUUAAUCCUUUAAUAGAACGUGUACUGUCUUCAUGAUCUAAAACCCAGUGCUUGCAAUGAGUUUGAACUACCUAAUAAAAUGCAUUUAAGGAAUACAUAA